GUCACGCCGGGCGUCAGUGACUUCGCGUCCGCCGGUUCGAUCGGUUCUCCGAGACCUCGUGUCUUUUCGUGAACAGUGUACCAUUUGUGAUCCAGGUCCAGACACUUCCUUUAAUUUGAAUGGAAUUUGGAUGAGGAUCUGGCCUUCAGGAUUUAUACCAGAUGGAUGUCUCAGCAUCAGCUGUCUGUUCGGAUCCUUUCAGGAAUCCACAAUGUUGAGACAAAGUUUGGGGAGGUGAUGAUCGAAAGGUGGAACCGUGGUCGUUGAUCUCACUGCGUGCUGUUGCUCGGUAACAGUUAGUGUCCAGUGAAUCGAUGAUCGAUCAAUUCGAAUUCGAUGAUUCCGAUGGGAAUUCGUUCUGAGUUCAAAGAGUUCUGAACCAGUCGCCGGUUUAUUGUUAAUCAGCAGAUGUCGUUGGGCUAAAAAUGCCUCCGAAAAUAAACGCGAGAUUCGUUCUUUCGUGGCUGAGAUUAAACGACGUGUCGCUCUGGAAAGUUCUAAAGAAACGUUUCAAAGUCUUUCGCGUAACACCGAGGGGGAUCUCUGACGGUGUUUGACGAUGCGAAACGGAAGCUGAAGAAAUAGAGGAAAGUGUUGCAAAAGUGAACGAGGCGGAACAAUGUCGUCGAACGGUGAAUUUUCGACGAUGUCCAGCGAGGAGGUGCCUUCGCUGCCCAAAUCGCUGCCUAGCUCCAGGGAGGCGACGGCCGAGGGCAGUUCCGGCUCCGGUGGCAAUUAUAUGCCCCUUCGAGAGUUUCUAGAUCGAUUCUCGUUGCCGAGAGUCGUCAGACUCGAAGGGACCGGCGGCAGGCCGGUGUUGCUGUACAAACAGCAACAAAAAUCGCUUCGAGUUACCGCGACCCUGCUGAUACAUCGCUAUCGGCAUGAUGUCAAAGUGGGACCGGAAAUAGUCAUUCCAGAGGGCUAUCCGGGAUGGUUUUCUGUGAUAUCUGGCAACAAUACAACGGGUAAUGCGAGAGUUUACAGAAGAGUAGACUCUCUGGUUCGAGCAGGAGUACCUGCAUUCCUUUUGGCUGCACCUUUGCGAGCGUACAUUUUGACUCACUCGAAAAUGGAAAACGGUAAUCUGCGAGCUCAUUAUACGAAGACUACAAUCAGAGCUGGGGAAAUUCUGCGAUUAAUAGCGGUCUUCCAGGACACCAGGAAGUGCAACACGGUUUCUUUCGGAAUAUCGGGUAGCUCUUCCGAAAAGGAUCAAUAUGCACAGUGUUUGGAUGCAUAUGGUCGUGAAGUAUUUGCUCCCUUGUCGGCGAGAGGCGAAUUUUACGCUAUUUGCCAGAACGGAAGCAUCGACACAGGAAGCGAUGCGAUGUUGUACAAGGUGCACCAUCUUGCGAAAAGACCGUUACCGCUUAGGGUUCGUUUAAUAGCCGGACCAUUGCCUGUACCUUUACCAAGAGAAUAUGGUGGUUUAAUGCAACUGGAAAGUUCGACUCGAGGUCCAAUUGUUUUAGGAUGUAUCGUACCAGAAAGACCUGUUCAUAAUCCAGAAAUGCUUGAACUUGUUGUGACUGGAAACGGUGCUCCUAGAGUUAGACGGGCGCGAUUAGGUUAUCCAUCCGAAGCUCGACUUUUAGCGUCGCCGAAGAUGCAACGAUUAUUGUCUGCCUGCAGUCGUGCUGUCGGAGAUCGUGCAACGGAACCAAGAGUGGCACCUCUAAAACUGCACCCAACCAGCGAAAAUCUGAAGGAGAUGCACCUGAAGAAGAUCAAGCCGAAGCCGGACACGAAACCAAUCCUGCAAAGUUUGAAGGACGGAUUGGAACAGUUGAAGAAGAGCACCGUUCGAGAGAAAAGUCAAACUAGGCAGAACUGCAAAAACGGACUGUUAGAUCGAAUAUCGAAAUUCGCUCAAGGCGGUCGUAGCAGAAAUCCCGCGAAAAAGUCGGCUUCGUUCACGUUCGCGGUGAAACCGGAAAUCGCGAUGAGGUGCCAAGAACGUUAUUCCAGUUUAGAGCCAGAAACUACCUCUCAUCCCAGUCAUUCGAACUCGUCCAAGCAACCUGUACAAAGAUCGGCGUCCACUAGUGUUUUAGAAAUGCCGACGAACGUCGAGUUGCAGCCGAAUUAUUCUCGAGUUAGAGAUAGUCUUACACCAGUGCCAUCCCUUCCUAAGUUAACCAAGACCAAAGCUGACGACAUUUACACGGAGAUUUGCGAGAACGCCGCUGCACAGGUCCAGAAGUGUCCUGGAAGUCACGUGAUGGCCAGGAUCAAAAUCGUCGUGAAGGGACGUGAUUCGCCCAUGACGGGCAGGAUCAGCAACGAGAGAUAUAUGAAUUCGAUGGUACCGACCGAGCAAAUCGAUUCGAUUAUCAGCACGGAAGACGAAGUUAUAUAUAACACGAUAUUUUAAGCAUCGAACAUUUCUAUUAUCAUAAGUUAACCGGCUGUGUUUGAUGAUGAUCGAGAAACUCGUUGAUUAUUUUUAUCAACGUACAGUUGUAUCAAUUCAAUUUGUACAUUAUAUAUAAAAAAGGUACUACGAGAUAAUGUGUAUUAUGAUAAAAUUCGUAAUAAUUGCAUGUAAAUAUUCCUGCCAUACGUACUAACAAUUUGUAACAAGAUCAACUAGUUGUUAAGAAUAAAUGGCUCAACUUAAAAAAAGAAGAAAUUGAUGUAAUAUUUGCAGAAAAAUGAAAAUCAUUCUUUGAAAAAUUUUAUUUUAUUA